AUGGGCAUCGAGAUGAGGAGCCAAGGCAGGAGGAUCCUGCUGCCCAGCAUGCUGCUGCUCCUCCUCAUGAUCAGCGGUGUCCAGGCCACCAUGAAGUUGUGCGGCCGUAAGCUGCCCGAAACUCUGUCCAAGCUCUGUGUGUAUGGCUUCAAUGCGAUGACCAAGCGGACUUUGGAUCCCGUGAACUUCAACCUAAUCGAUGGCUUCGAGGACCGUUCGCUGCUGGAAAGACUGCUGAGCGACAGCUCGGUGCAGAUGCUCCAGACUCGACGUCUCCGGGAUGGAGUCUUCGACGAGUGCUGUCUGAAGUCCUGCUCCAUGGAGGAGGUGCUGCGGUAUUGCGCUUCCAAGCCCAGAACGUAA